AAAAAACAACACACCUAAGCCACCCUGUAACCUUGUGAGCCUCCGAAAAAAGAACACAACCCCAUCAUCAUCCUCUCCCUCCCACAUUGUUCGGUCUCUCUUUCAUUCUUACCUUCCAUUGUCUGGGUUUCCUCUUCCUAUUCUCUCUCUGUCUCUCUCUACACCCCUUUGUUUGUUGUUGGCUCUCUCUAUCUCCCAGAGCCUUUCUUCAUCUCCCCUGGUCCCACUGUCACAAAUUAACAAGGGAAGAUGAUGCUUGAAGGAUCGGUCAGCAUUAAUGGCCGGGAGUUGGAGACAAUGCUUUCUUUCAGAUCUCCCACUGCAGAUGUGGAUAGUGAGUUAUUUGGUAAACCAGUAAGCACAAUGAGUAUAAACACAUAUGAUAAGUUGUCAAGAUCAUAUAGUAACUUGUCCGAGAAGAGCUACUAUUCACCGUUGCUGGAGCCACGACAUCAAAGAGACCUAGCUGCACUCAAGUUGCAGAAAGUUUACAAAAGUUUUCGAACAAGGAGGCAGCUCGCAGAUUGUGCAGUUCUAGCCGAACAGAGAUGGUGGAAGGCUUUGGAUUUUGCAGAACUAAAGCGCAGUUCUAUAUCUUUUUUUGACAUCGAGAAACCAGAGACUGCGGUUUCACGUUGGUCGAGGGCUAGAAAGAGAGCUGCCAAGGUUGGAAAGGGUUUAUCUAAGGACAGGAAGGCUCGGAAACUUGCUUUGCAGCACUGGCUAGAGGCAAUUGACCCUCGGCAUCGUUACGGCCAUAACCUUCAAUUUUAUUAUGUCAAAUGGCUCCAUUGUGAUAGCAAUCAACCUUUCUUCUACUGGCUUGAUAUUGGGGAAGGCAGGGAAUUCACUUCUGAGAGAUGUCCUAGAUCAAAGCUUCAGCAGCAAUGCAUUAAGUAUCUUGGUCCAGCAGAAAGAAAAGUUUAUGAAGUAAUUAUUGAGAAUGGGAGGCUCUUCUACAAAGAGAGUGGGACAGCUGUUGAAACCACAGGAGAUUCUAAGUGGAUUUUUGUACUCAGCACAUCCAAGACUUUAUAUGUUGGGCAGAAGAACAAGGGCACAUUUCAACAUUCAAGCUUCCUGGCAGGUGGUGCCACAUUGUCUGCUGGUAGAUUAGUGGCGCUGGACGGUGUUCUUAAGGCAGUUUGGCCUCACAGUGGGCAUUAUCUCCCAACUGAAGAAAAUUUCCUCGAAUUCGUGUCGUUCCUUAAGGAAAACCAUGUGGACCUUACUAAUGUACAGAAAAACCCGGAAGAAGAAGAUGACGCAGCCAAAACAAAGCAGGAUCUUCUCUCUCGAGGAUGUUCUUUAGAGGCCAACAAGUUUCCUCCAAAUGAUGAAACUGAGAGUUCCAGCACACUGACCGAAGAGCUAGCCAACGGGGGCUCUAAUAAUGCCGAUGAUGAUUCAACCUCUGAUCCACCGUUGUCAAGAUUGUCACAACGACUCGGAUCAAAGAUAGCUAGACUUGAAAUACCAAAACGAGGCAACGUGCCGGUGAUUUUCGGAGAAGAUCUUCUUAAAGAUACCCAAUUCUUUUCUCCAGUUUAUGAACCUGAUUGUGGUUAUGAGACAGCAGAAGAAUCAUUUAUCAAUGAGGAAGAAUUCAUGGUUUCCAAGUCUAACUUGUUUGAUGUAGAUGAACAUAAUGAAGAAGAAAAUACUAUUCCAAAAGAAAAGAUAAUGAAGAGGAUAAAUUCACACAAAGGCAUGAAAUCAUAUCAGUUGGCAUAUCACUUGUCUACCAAAUGGACAACAGGUGCUGGUCCUAGAAUUGGUUGCAUGAGAGACUACCCACCUGAGCUUCAGUUCUUAAUUCUGGAGCAGCAAAACUUAUCUCCAAGGACAAGAACAACAGCUCCAUCACCCCGGAUCCCGCCAUUGUCGCGCUUCAGCCCUCGUGUUGCUUUCCCAAUUCCUUCAGCUGAUUCUCAAACCCUUCAUGUGCCUGAAGCAGCUGAUCUAUAGACAACAACAACAACAACAAAAGUCUUAUCCCACAAAGUGAGGUCGGGUAUAUGGAUCAAACAAUGCCAUUCAGCUCGAUCAAAAUCCCAGAUUAUUGAGGAAUAUUACUGAAGCAGCUGGUCUAUGAACUAACAAAAACAGUGCAUAACAUAAGGUGCCAAUUAAGGGAUGUUACUUCUGUUGGGGGUUCUUGGAGUUAGAGAAAACGGAAUAGGAUUUGUUUUUUUUUUGCAAUGUGUGUUUUCAUCGCAUCCAUUCUUUAAACCCAUACAGUUUUUGUAGGUGUUGUGGUGAAUGAGGGAACACAAAAGAACUUCGCAUGUUCUAGUUUCAAAAUGUGAAGACAGAAUAUGAUAAAGUUCUUCCAUGUCCUAGAGAUUGAAACAAUAGCAAUUUGCAAAUCAUUAAUGAUAUGUAUAAUUAUAGUUAUGUAGCAAA